AUGGUCGGCACAAGACACUUGGUGUUUUUGGCAGUGUACGCCCUAUACGCGCAAUCGUCAGCCGCCUAUCCAGUCUACCAAGAAGACGACCACUACGAUGUUCACGACCACGGACACCACCACGGUAUACCACCGGCCACAUCGUACGCUACCAUAUCGACGACGCACGUCAAAGUGCAACAUCCACAGGCGGCACCCACGAAGUACGCAACACCGUACAAACAUGAGUAUCUGACACAACCGCAGAUGGCAUACAAGUACAUAUCACUUCCGUCGGCCGUUGCUCUGCAACAGUCGGGUAAAUUCGAAGAGCCGUCCACGUCGGGUUACAAGUACCUGGCCGCGUCACCCACGUAUAAGUACGUACAACCACCAGCGGUGACCACCGAACCGGAAGCCGCGGAGGAGCCAACCAACUCGUUGAAGUACGCUCUCAAAUACGAACAGAACUCGUUUAAGCAAGAACAGGAACAGCAGCAACAGUUGCAGCAGCAAUUCCAGCAGCAAGAUUACGAACAGCCUGCUGUACAGUACAAGUACAUAGCCGUUCCGUCGUACAAGUACGUGCAACAAGUGGCCGCGGAACCAGAAUACGGUCAGCAUCACCAGCAGCAGCAGCAACAGGCUGUUUCUUACGACUACACCGAUGACAAGCAAUAA